AUGUUUGAAUUGCUCGAUGCAUCAGAAUGCCCACACGUCAUCCGAUCCUUGUUCCGCCGUGUUGACAUCACCUUUCUCGAAUGGAUGGGCAAUGGCACACUUUACGACUGGUUGAGCAUCAACAAGCCUUGGCCGAUUCUGCAAUGGAUGCUGCAGCCAUCAUGCACAGCCGCUUGCUUGGAGGCUCUGGGUUAUGCUCACGGUAAUAUCAACCCACAAAAGAUGCUGCUCAAUGUCCAUGACGAGGUCAAGCUGAUUGAUUUUGACCAUUCACCUGGCGUCGUCGGCGAUGCGCUCGACGUUGGCUACGAACCCCAUGUCCGACAACACAGAGAGGUCAUCGAUGGCAUCUACGGGAAUGCCGGUUCCGUCACGGAGCAGUUUGCUCUAGGUUCCGUCACGGAGCAGUUCGCUCUAGGUUCCGUCACGGAGCAGUUUGUUCUAGGUUCCAUCAUUUGGUACAUUACACGCGGCUCUGAGCUGUACUCUUACCUCGAGGGACCCGACAAAAUAGACCGCCUGCUUGAUGGCGUCGUUCCCACGACCGACCCGCAAGAUGCUGUCGAUGAAAUCAUUCGACACUGUUGGAAUGGCACUACCGUCGCAUUGCAGAUCUUGUCGACGAUAUCAAAGGCGUGUCGGGAUUGGGAGCACAAGUGCAACCAGUCCGUCCUUCAAAUGGGCAUGUGA